UGAAACAAGACCAGGACAAGUCACUGGCCAGCUCAGACCUGUUUGUGUUUCUCUUUUCUUAGCUCAGUGAGUAUUGGGUAUGUGUCACACUGCCAAAUCCCCAUCACAAGUCUCCAUGAACGGGUGGCGAGCUGGGAUAAUAAAACCCCUGACAUCACCGUUCCAGAAGCUUCACAAGACUGUGUAUAUAAGGGGCUGGUUGUAGCUGAGGCUGAAGAAGCCAACCAGCCAGCCGAGGCCCCACGCUCACCUAGCCACCAUGGAUAUCGCCAUCCACCAUCCUUGGAUCCGCCGCCCCUUUUUUCCUUUCCACUCCCCCAGCCGCCUCUUUGACCAGUUCUUCGGGGAGCACCUGUUGGAAUCUGAUGUCUUCCCAACUUCUACUUCCCUGAGCCCCUUCUACCUUCGGCUACCCUCAUUUCUGCGGGCACCCAGCUGGAUUGACACUGGACUCUCAGAGAUGCGCCUGGAGAAGGACAGAUUCUCUGUCAACCUGGAUGUGAAGCACUUCUCCCCAGAGGAACUCAAGGUCAAGGUGCUGGGAGAUGUGAUUGAGGUGCAUGGCAAACAUGAAGAGCGCCAGGAUGAACAUGGUUUCAUCUCCCGGGAGUUCCACAGGAAAUACCGGAUUCCGGCUGAUGUGGACCCUGUCUCCAUCACUUCAUCCCUGUCAUCUGAUGGGGUCCUUACUGUGAAUGGACCAAGGAAACAGGUUUCUGGCCCUGAGCGCACCAUUCCCAUCACCCGUGAAGAGAGGCCUGCUGUCACUGCAGCCCCCAAGAAGUAGAUGCCCUUUCUCUAAUUGUGUUUUUUUUUAAAACAAGGGAGCUUCCCCACCAACGAAUGAAAACCUUGUGACUAGAGAUGAAGCUUAUUAAUUCUAAGGGCAGGCCCAAUUUAUUAAGCUAAUAAAGUAUCAUUCAGCAACAGA